AUGACGGAGCGUGUCGGAAGUGAUCAUGUCGCUGUGCCCGAGGUAAAGAGGAGGCCGUACUACGCGCCAUGGCUCGAGUACGGAAAGCCCGGUCGAGAUGACGACGAGGCGGCCAUUCUGACCUUCUGCCAUAUCCUGAAGGCUGCUGCACUACCGAGCUCGGGGCAGCAAGAGUCGGGUGUGCCACCGAGAGCCUCGCCGGUCGAGCUGCAAGAUUUUGCGGUCCCGGUGACGGCGGCCUCGAAGGGAGUUGCGCCACUGGACUCGACCUCUCGAGAGGUCGAUGUUCCCCCGGUUGCUCCACUGGCCCCUUUGACACGAGAAGAACCCAGUGCCGCCAGGGCGCGACCUUCGAAGAGGCCGCAGCGGCCCACUGCUGUCUCCCGGCAGCCUGAUGAGGACGGCUUUGUCGCCCCACCUCGGCGGCACACCUCCAGGGCAGCCGUACUGCAGCCACCGCAGCCGCUGCCGACAACUAGCACGUUUACAGGGGCAAACGUCGACGAGAUGGAGGACGGCGAGGCGCCUCUGGUGCCGCCCCCGCCGCCCCCGCCGCCUAUCGUCGUCCAAUGGGACGGCGUGUAUAAGGACCUGCAACAGAAGCUCGAGAGGGUGGCCACGUCCACUACUAUCAAGAAUGGCGGAAGCGUAGCCGCCGCCCGGGGCGUGCCACCCUCGCCGCUGCGCAACAGACUGCCACCGACAGUCCGCCGCGGCAGCGGCAAGCAGCUCGCGCUGCACCGCAGUUGCGGCCCGAAACCGUCGCUCCACGGCAGUCGACACCUACAGAGCGGCCCCCGUCAGCCGCCCCUGUGGCGGAGGCCGCCCCAGCGGCCCCCGCCGCCUCCACUGCUUCAGAAGCAGCUGAGCUAA